ACCUUUCAUCUUCUAUCCUCUAAUGGCUUCCAUCUCCUUCACCCUUCCAAUAUUUCUUACAAUCUUCUUCUUCUUGACCUUAAAAACCAUCCCAACUAUAGAGACAGAUGCAAAUGAGACUCGGCUGCUUUUCUACUAUCAUGAAAGGACCAAAUCCCCCAAUGCGACCGCCAUUAAAGUGGUGUCGAGCCCAGUCGAUCCGACCGUCCCGAUUUUCGCCGUCGGCAACAUCUUUGUCUUUGAUGAUCCUCUCACUGAGGGCCUUGACCCUGCCUCUCAUGUUCUCGGCCGGGUGCAAGGCGAGCUUGUAUUCGCUUCGCUCGAUGGCUAUGACGGAUUAUACAACUUCAACAUAGUCUUCACUGAUCUCGACCCAUGGACUGGCAGCACGUUGACAGUAAUUGGGAGAAAUCCAACGCAGCAGACUGUAAAAGAGUUACCGGUGGUGGGAGGGACGGGACGCUUCCGACGUACUCGAGGAUAUAUUAUAUUGACGCGCUUAACCUCACUCGCUAGACCCGACGGUAUUAUCACCUUUGAGGUGAAUUUGACGCUAUGGAACAAUUAGCUCACUGUUAAAAUAAACAGGUCUGAUAUAGGUUUCGUUUGAAACGACUUUUUUAUCACUUAUUUAAAGUAGUUUUUUAGUAUACAAAUUUUUUAAAUUAAAAUUUUUAUACUAAAAAAUAGCUUUAGAAAAUGAUAAUAAACUUAUUCCAAACAAAACCUUAAUAUCUACUCAUAGCUUUACACGGAAUGUAAGGGAAAAACAAAAGUUAUGGCUAUAAAAAUGUGAAGAAAACAAUUGCUUAUUUUCUAUGGUCAAUAUUGUUUUGUAGGCUACAUAAUUGAAUUAUUAUAAGAUCUU